GGCUGAUUCACUGCAGCAACUCGUUAGUUUUAUAUAGUUAGUUCUAUGAAUCUAUCAUCAUGCGGGGGGGACCCAAGUACCUCACAAACCUUGUCCGCUUUGUGUCUGCCACUGUAUUUUUAUUUUAUAAUGUUUUUUUUUAUCACCAAGUUGUGUGCUUUCCGCUGUCCGAUUUUGAAAUAGUGCCAAUAACACACACUCUGCAAGGUCAAAUAAGAUCGAGCGUUACGGCUUUAACCAUAUCUAAACGCAUUACAGCAAAAAAAAAGAAAAAAAAAACUUCAAGCUCUCCAUGGAACAUGUCAGAGUUAUCUGCUUCUUCUUUGCUUGUUGUGUCCUAACGUCUGUUCCAUUUCCGGCCUUAGCUCAGGUAGAUACUUACGUGUUUGAUCCAGACUUCAACUGUGUAGACCGAGGAAACUUCACAGCCAACAGCUCCUUUGCCGGAAACCUCAACCGCCUCGUCUCCUCACUCUCCUCGCUAACAUCAAAACCUUAUGGCUUCUACAACCUCUCCUCCGGAGACUCAUCCUCUGGAGAAAAGGCUUACGCGAUUGGUCUUUGUAGAAGAGAAGUCAGAAGAGAUGACUGUCUCAGCUGUAUCCAGACAGCUGCAAGAAACCUCACCGAGCAGUGUCCACGUUCAAAGCAAGCUGUCGUGUGGUACACGCAGUGCAUGUUUCGUUACUCUAACAGAACAAUCUACGGAAGGAAAGAAACAGACCCGACGCUGUCUUUUCGUGCGGGUGAGACGAUAUCAUCGAACAGAGACGAGUUUGAGCGUCUUCAGAGAGAGCUGCUGAAUAGGCUCAAAGGGGUUGCGGCUGGUGGUGGGGGGAACAGGAAGUACGCUCAAGGGAACAGUUCGGCUUCUCCGGGGUAUAGGAGAUUCUACGGAAGUGCGCAGUGCACGCCUGAUUUGUCUGAAGAGGAUUGUAAUGACUGUUUGAUUUAUGGGUUUGAGAGCAUCCCUAGUUGUUGUGAUGGUGAGAUUGGUCUAAGGUGGUCUUGUCCUAGCUGUAACUUCCGGUUUGAGACGUGGAGAUUCUAUGAGCUUGACUCAGACCUAGAGCCUGAUCCACCUGGUACUUCUGGUUCACCAACACCAGCUGCAAAAACUGAGAAGACAGGAAAGGGCAAAGGUGGAUCUAAAGUCGUUAUUGCGAUAGUCAUUCCAAUAGUUCUUGUUGCUUUAUUUGCUAUUUGUCUAUGUUUGGUCUUGAAGUGGAAGAGGAACAAGUCUAGAGAUAGAGUCAAAGUUCUUGGGAGUUCACCUCUGUCCGGAUCAGUCGCUGAGGAUGAGUUCUCAAACACAGAUUCUCUAUCAGUUGACUUCGAAAAUCUUAAGACUGCAACAAACAACUUUUCACCAGCAAACGAACUUGGACGUGGUGGGUUUGGUUCAGUUUAUAAGGGUGUGUUCUCUCAUGGUCAAGAAAUCGCGGUGAAAAGAUUGUCAGGAACUUCAGGACAAGGAGACCUCGAAUUCAAGAACGAAAUAUUACUACUUGCAAAGCUUCAGCAUAGGAACUUGGUUAGGCUUUUAGGUUUCUGCAUACAUGGACAAGAAAGACUCCUUGUCUAUGAGUUCAUCAAGAACGCUAGUCUUGACCAUUUCAUCUUUGGUAUAAUAUUUUACUCUCCUCCAUAUGAUCCCCUACCAUUAGUUGUUUCCCUCUGUAUUGAUCUUUACACCGUUGCAGAUCUUGAGAAGCGUCAAGUUUUGGAUUGGGGAGUGCGUCACAAAAUGAUUGGUGGAAUUGUUAGAGGACUUCUUUAUCUCCAUGAAGACUCUCGUUACCGUAUCAUUCACCGUGAUCUUAAAGCUAGCAACAUUCUUUUGGACCAAGAAAUGAAUCCGAAAAUCGCGGACUUUGGAUUAGCUAAGCUUUUUGACCAAGGGCUAACCAUGACACAUCGAUUCACAAGCAGGAUCGCUGGAACUUACGGUUACAUGGCUCCAGAAUAUGCAAUACACGGACAAUUUUCAGUGAAAACAGACGUUUUCAGCUUUGGUGUGUUAGUCAUUGAGAUCAUUACAGGUAAGAGAAACAACAAUGGUCGAGGAAGUGAUGAUGAUGAAGAUGCAGAGGAUCUUCUUAGUUGGGUAUGGAGAAGCUGGAGAGAAGACGUUAUACUAAGCGUGAUCGAUCCAAGUUUAACCACGGGGUCAAGAAACGAUAUCUUGAGAUGCAUACACAUUGGUCUCUUAUGUGUUCAAGAGAGUGCAGCGACUAGACCAACUAUGGCUUCGGUUGCUCUCAUGCUCAAUAGCAACUCCUUUACUCUCCCGACACCUUCGAGGCCUGCUUUUGUGUUGGAAAGUGUGGUACCUUUGAAUGUUUCUUCUUCGACUGAAGGGUUACAAAGUUCGUCGAAUGAUGUCACUGUUUCUGAGUUAUCUCCUCGUUAACAAGCUUCAAUCUGUAAAGAAAGUUUGAUUGUUUUGUUUUAGUCUUUUAAUGGGUUUUGUUUGUAUGAUUUUUCAGACAGUCUGGCUUGAUUUUCAAUAUCAAUCAAAAAUUAUUAACCUUAA